CCUUGACCUGAGUCAACAAGACGACGCCAGGUUCAGCGUUGAGUUCGAGGAAGCUACCAAACCUUGUCCCUUCGCUCUACGAUGGCAUGCCGCCGCCUGUGUCAUCCCGAUGAUGAGCGCCUUCGUCGCGUUUUCUCUGCCUCCGCUGCUGCUGUGGAUCUUCUUGCUCUGCGGCUGCUUCUGGAUGUAUGGCUGGCUGGGACUCUUCGCCUCCAUGCAGACGCUCUCGGCUCUCGGGCUGAGAGGGAGCGAGGGAGAGAUGCAGGCGCAGUUGAUGCCCCAAGGUUUGAUUUCUCCUCUCCUCCACCUCCUCGCUCUCUCUCCUGCUCUCUACCUCCUCGGACCUGCGUGGGUCCUGCGCUGCCCCCCAUGGCUGUGGCACAUCCCCUUCCCCCUCAACCAGCGCCACUGGUCGCAAAGACUCCCUGCGCCUGCCAGGAACCCCAAGGAGCUUCUCUCCCGCAACUUCGCGUGCUUUGCUCUUCCCAUGCUCUUCGGCUGCAGUUUCCCGUCACUCCUUCCGGCCUGGCAGAUUCUGCAGCAGGUGAAUCUGCUCGAGAGUUCGGGAUGGGUCGCAACUUUUCGAGCGUUUCUUGUGCUGGGCACAGACACUCUACCCUACCUCCUCGUCAUCGGAGCCACACUGCUGGCUUGUCUUCCCCUUCUCGUCUACUGCCUUUAUCUUCUAUACCGGGGUGGAGAGCUCAAGCGCUUCUUCCUCAUGUACUCCGCUGUUGCUCUCGCGUUCCUUGCUGUAUCCGUUUUGGUGCGCAAGUACUACUCCUUCAACCUUCGCGGCUACCUCAUCUUUAUCGCCCUCGUCCCCAUCACUGCCCACGACCGUCACCUCUGCGCAGCCCUGCAGGGGCUGCUGCUGGGCUUGUGCGUGCAGGAGAUCGCGGGAAGGGGAGGCGAACUGCCGCUGUGGGAGGAGACCUCAGGCCGCCUGUGAUAGGUGGUGCUGUACAUUAAUGAAGAAGCGGAGACG